UUAUCAAUCAGCAGUGUUGUGUGGAAAGUAUUUUUGAUGGAGGAAAAUAGGCUUGGAGUUGCAAGCUCGUGCUCUCACACCACAAUAUGGGAAAAACAAUGAUGUUGACAAUUUGAUUGUUUAAUUAGAAUAGGCCAUACCAUAAAUUCAACGUAUUCUAAUUGACAUUUCAUACAUUUGUGGGUUGUGUCAAAUUGAAAUUAAAUUGAAUCUCUCGAUCUAGUAGGUAGUACUCCUUCAGUCUAAGUUUACAUUUAACAAUUGUGGUAGUGUAUGUAUAUAUUCUGAUGGCGCCGACUCCGCCCGUAAAGUUAAUAAUGAAAAACGAGUGCGAUACAAGUCGCAGUACCGGUGCAGUACCAAAACAAACAACAACAGCUACAACAACAACUUCAACGUCGCCGGUAAGCACAAACACAUCGUCAUCUUCCGCAAGUCGCUCCGUCACCAACCGUGCGCGCAACUCGUCCUUAAUCAAGCAACAACAAGAGAAACGGGAGCGGGAACGUGAAAAGGAACUGACAUCGCCCCUACAGUGUGGCACCUACAAAGCCCUUUAUGAUUUGCUGGAACGUGCAACACUAACAAAAUCCGAAAUAUCCACACAACAGUUGCAGCAACGUGAGGCACUGCGUCAAUUGGCUGCGGAGCAUAGUUACGAUCCAGCAGAUCAACAGCAGCGCUAUUGCUUUCCGGUGCGUCCAGUGCAGCGAGUACAGCAUCAACAGCAGCCACCGCCGACAGCAGGAGCUGUGCUACGACUGCGUCCACCAGCAACGACACCUAAUGCCACAGUAGGUGUCGUCACACCCAACACAACCAACGGCAACGAGGAACACCAGUCGAUAGCCAGUGCGAAUAAUAACAAUAAUAUUCCUCAGCCGUCCACAGCUUUACAAACUUUAGUUCGCCGAAUUUUUGGACCAUCAGCAAAUAAUCCAACGCGCACUCAAGUUGAGAAAUUGCGAACUUUGUUGGGCUUGGAUGAGAAUUGGAAUAACAGACAGCAGCUAACAGUACGAACUUUAGAAGAGCAGUUGAACAACAUGGUGCAUGAAAUCAAUCCAAAUGGUAAUGACAGGGAGGAAGGCGUUGUCAAUUCGACCAGCCUCGAGGAUGUUGCAUUAAGUGAAAUGAGCGACAUUCGUGCCCAGUCCAUACAAUCGCUGCACAGUGCAAUGGAGACACCUACGCCGGAUACUACGCCCAGUUUUGAUGAGCUUCAGCAGCGAUUGGAUGCAUCUAAUCGCAAUAUGCAGCACUUGCAAGAUGAGCAGCAAAAACUGCUGCAAAUACAAAACAUGGCCAAGACCCAUCUCAAUGAAAUGGAGGAACUGCGUCAGCAUGCCGGACGCUUGCCGCACAAUGGUGAUGGCGAUGCGCCCAACUACGAGUCGGUGCAGCAGGUUCAGGAUGAUAUGGCUUCGCUGGUGGGACGCAUGAAGAAUCUCACGGCCUUUAUACACAAUCAAAACGAAUUGAGCAGUGUGCUGGGUGAUGAUGGGCCAGAGAUUUUGGCCGAACAACAGGCACUGCAAGAGAAGCUGGAAUCAUUGCGCACACAACGAGAGGAUAUGCGUGAAUUGGUCAACGAGCUAAACAGCAUUAAUCGCACGGCCAGGCAAACGGCACAGACGUUCAAUGGAGCUGGCCAUGAGAAAAAGCCGAAGCCAAAGCCAAAGAAGGAACCGACACCACCUAAACAGAUACCGAAGCCCAGCAAUGAGCGUGUGGUACCUGUGGAAUACCAACGUAAUGCGCCACUCUUGCGUCAGGAAGCAGCCGACGCUGCACAGCGUGCUUUACAUGCUCAGGCUAUGAUUAAUCAGAAGACUGCUGAUAUUGAUGCCCUAAAGGCGCAAAUGGCCAAGCUUAAAGGCAUGCUGAACACUGUCAACCAAAUUGACGAAAGCACGCCCAGUGUGGGCAAGACUCUGGAGCGAAUUGAGAUGCCCAUUGAGCAGCGUGUGCAUGAUCUUAAUGAUGUGACAUCAGAACUACGCGCUGAAGCGGCACUUUUGCAAAAGGAACGCGAACGUAUUUUGGAAUUGAAGGCCGAAAUUGAGCGACGCAAGAGGCAGGCAGCUGCUGCAGUCCAACUGGGCGAGGAUGCACUUCAGCGUAAUAGUCUCACACCAACUCCCACGCCCUGCAGACAGCGUGAAGUGGAAUUGGAGCAGGAGGUGGAGGUGGAGGUGGAAGAGGAGGAGGAGGAGGCCAAGCCAACGUUCCAAGUACCAUCGCGCAGUGAGUUGCGGGCACAAUGCGAUCAACUGCGUCAGGAGUACGAGCAGAAGCAGCGAGAGUAUGCGGCCCAUUAUACAAACAACAAUAACAGCAGCAGCAAUAACAACAACAACCAUAUUAACAACAUGAAUAACACCACCUCUGAGGCGGAUGAUGAGGGCAAUGAUGACACCGAUAGUGAUAGAUACUUUGGACAUGUUCGCGCAUCAUCUUCGACCACACUAAAGCGUGCGCCUUCAGCCAGCACCGUGGUGGAGAAACAGCAAUAUCAACAGCAACAACAGCAGCAACAACAACAACAACUGCAACAACGACGCAAUCAACAGAAUCAACAACAGGAGCAGCCGCAGCAACAACAACAAGCGCCAGUUGCCCGUUCUAUAUCAAACAAUGAAGAGGAGCUGAAUAUGACCUUGGACAGCCUGUCGCUGGGCCAUGACAGUAUACAGUCCAGCAGCACCAGAUCCCAGUAUAUGCCGCCACCAAUGAAUCCAGUUCAGGGCAUCUGGGCCACACAUAAUGCUGGCAAUUCUUGGCAUCCACAAGCCACCUAUGUGCCAACGCCGCCCAGUAAUAUACCAGCUGCACCGGUGGCUCCAACUACAUCGUCGAAUGCUUCAAGCACUAAUCCAACAUCGGAUGCUGUGCUGCUGCAGCAAUUCAUGCAAACUCAACAGGUGCUAAUUAACUCGGUUUGUCAGUGCAAUCAGACGUUGUGGCAUCAACAGCGCGAGAUUGAUAAUCUCAACAAUCAAAUUCAUGUGCUUCAAGAUCGCUUGAAUACAGCUUGCCAGGAUCACGCCUAUAGCUUGCGUUCCGAGUCUGUGCCACCUGUUGCUGGCGGGUUGGCGCCUAACAACUUGUGUCUAGGAGGUGGCAGCAAUCGCGCCCAAUCCGAACAACUGUACAGCUUUGGGGCCAGUCAUCAGAGCGCCUUUAGCAACUACCAUCGCAGCAGUCACCGCAACAAUAUCUAUAGCAGCAACGAUCCUCAUCAGCAGCAGACAUAUUUGAAUAACGCAGCACCACCGCCGCCACCACCACCGCCACCGCCAGCAACUCACUACAACAACGAGACACCGCUGUCGCCGGGCUCAUAUCGCGCCAGUCCGGGACCCAUAUUUAUGAACCAUCACAACAAUACCAUACACCAGAACAAUGCCAAUUUGCGUACACAGAAUCAACAUGCCAACAACUUGCACUCACUGCCGGAGACCGGAGUUCCACCGCCCACUCUGAACAAUCAGGUGCCACCGGGCAAUCGGGCCAACAACUAUUGGGACAAUUUCCGAAGCUACACGCGACAGAAUUUGCUAUCUAACAAAAGCAACGAGGAACUCAAUGUGGAGCAUCAGUAUCGUCAAAUUCAACGGCAGCGUCAGCGUCCCAGCUACUUUCAAGCGCAUCUGCCACAUACCGCACGUAGCAGUGGCACCAUGAUAAUACAACAACAACAGCAUCGCCACUUUUAUGAGCCGACAGCACAGCAAUUGCAGCACAACAGCAGCAACAGCAACAAUUUGAAUAACAGCGCCAGCAGUCGCGAUUGGCGUGAGGAUGCCCGCGAUGACGAGGAUGUGGAGGAGGAUGAUAACAAUGAUUCAUCUAUUUUCAAUGUAGGCGGCAGCACAACUGGCAGACGUCGCAAUCGUCGUCGUCAGAUGCCAACACAGCGUGAGGAAGAAGGCGCCGUACAGCAGUUGGCCAGCGGCUCAUCCAAUUUGCUCAACAUGAAUGUGAAUAGUCCGCUCUAUCAGCGCAAUAAGGUUCCGGCUAAACCGACCACAUCCGCAGUGUCUCUGACUCCGUUGCAGCAACGUCAUCUGCGUUUUGAUUUUGAGUUGCCUGCUCAGUAUAUGGAUUAUGAGUUGCCAGUACCGACUACAGCACUACAAGUUCCGCCUACGGCUCCUGUCUACAAUGUCACAACCCGGGAUUCUGCUGCUGGAGCAGAUGAAUCAAAUGCUACGCUGGAGCAGACUGAAGACACCGCCUCCGAGGAGUUGAAUCGUAAUUUGCUGGUCAAUGCAUUGAAGAAUGAUAAAUUUACAACAAAGUUUUACGAAUCGAUCAAGGAGGAUGUAUACAGACGACUGGAAACACUCUUUGAGCAACAGCAGCAGCAACAACAGCAACAACAACUGCAGCAGCAGCAGCAACCACAGCAGCAGCAAUUGCAACAGGAGCAACAAGGCGAACAGCAGCAGGUAUACAAUGAUGUCCACAGUCUACGCAAGACACUUAACCAGGGACAGGCGACUAGUGCUCAGCCAGCCGAGGAUGUCGCUGUAAAUGGACCCACAGAGGCGACUGAAAGUGACACUGAGACACCACCGCAGGAGCAACCUGCUAACGAUUGUCCCGAGGAUGAGGAGAGCUUGCCAGUGCUGGCAACAGCUGCCGCACCAGUUGUCCCAGAACAAUGCGAAGCAGCAGCUGCUGCUGCUCCCGUAGAUAACGAAGAUCAAAUAAUUGAAGUGGUCAUUGAAGAUGCCGCAACGCCAGUGGCCAUCAUUGAGUUGGCGCCCGAUCACGAGCUUAUUGAGUACAUAAUCAAACGCAUACGUAACCAGACUCACAGCAACACUAUUAUCAAUGACUCGAUGCUUGCCGAAGUGUCCAAGUUGACGGCAAACGCUGCUCAAAACUCCGCUGCUAGCUGGACACCCAAUGCCGCAUCGCCGCUCAUUUCGCCCAAGCGCAUCUAUGCAAAGAUUAAGAAGAUGGAAAUGCCACGACAACGCGAUGAGUUUUUGCUCUGGUAUCGCACAUAUCUGGAGCAACUAUUUGUGGUGGAGCAGCCGCGCAAUAGCUGCCCGGCUAAAACUAAGGCUAAAGAUGAAAGAGGAGCUGCCGGUGGCAAGAAACAGACCAAUAAACGAGUCCGAGCUCAGUCGCAUUCACAAGAUUCCAACAAUGAUGCCGAUUUGGCCGAGGCAGAUCAGAAGAAGGUCUCGGUAAAUGGCGGCGACAAUGAGUGCGAGAACAAUGAGAAUCCUGAGGAGGAGGCCAAUGCGGCUGCAGCCCAAGAAACGAAGAAUAUCAGCUUAGACUAGUUAGUUAUUUAGAUAGUUCGUCUAAUAAAUGACAUACCCAAACAACAUUCCUAACCAUAUGUACCCACACAUCUAUACAACAAUACCACCAUGCAUAUGACAUUACUCAUACAUACUGACAAAAUUAGUUACUAACUGCAGUAGGCGGUCUAUUUAUCGAUUUGUUUUGGCUUUUAAAGAAUAUUUAGUUUUUAUUAAAUUAUACACUUAUUAUAUACUCGUAUAUAAAACAUAAAA